AUGCUUAGAAGACUUCAGAGUAUAUGCAAGGCUUCAGAUAAUGCCUCGGGAGACCCACAAGAAAAUGUGAGGAGCUCUAUUCCAGGAGCUCAACACGAGGGCUCUACUCCAGGAGCUCAACAUGAGGGCUCUAUUCCAGGAGCUCAACAUGAGGGCUCUACUCCAGGAGCUCAACAUAAGGGCACUACUCCAGGAGCUCAACAUAAGGGCUCUACUCCAGGAGCUCAACAUGAGGGCUCUACUCCAGGAGCUCAACAUAAGGGCACUACUCCCGGAGCUCAACAUGAGGGCUCUACUCCAGGAGCUCAACACGAGGCCUCUACUCCAGGAGCUCAACAUGAGGGCUCUACUCUAGGAGCUCAACACGAGGCCUCUACUCCAGGAGCUCAACAUGAGGGCUCUACUCCCGGAGCUCAACAUAAGGGCACUACUCCAGGAGCUCAACACGAGAGCUCUACUCCAGGAGCUCAACAUGAGGGCUCUACUCCAGGAGCUCAAUAUGAGGGCUCUACUCCAGGAGCUCAACAUAAGGGCACUACUCCAGGAGCUCAACACGAGAGCUCUACUCCAGGAGCUCAACAUGAGGGCUCUACUCCAGGAGCUCAACACGAGAGCUCUACUCCAGGAGCUCAACACGAGGGCUCUACUCCAGGAGCUCAAGAAGGCUUUGACGGCCCUCCCGUCCCUGUGUACGUGUGCUCACCUGCACGUACUCCUCCACCUGUGCUCACCUGCACGUACUCCUCCACCUGUGCUCACCUGCACGUACUCCUCCACCUGUGCUCACCUGCACGUACUCCUCCACCUGUGCUCACCUGCACGUACUCCUCCACCUGUGCUCACCUGCACGUACUCCUCCACCUGUGCUCACCUGCACGUACUCCUCCACCUGUGCUCACCUGCACGUACUCCUCCACCUGUGCUCACCUGCACGUACUCCUCCACCUGUGCUCACCUGCACGUACUCCUCCACCUGUGCUCACCUGCACGUACUCCUCCACCUGUGCUCACCUGCACGUACUCCUCCACCUGUGCUCACCUGCACGUACUCCUCCACCUGUGCUCACCUGCACGUACUCCUCCACCUGUGCUCACCUGCACGUACUCCUCCACCUGUGCUCACCUGCACGUACUCCUCCACCUGUGCUCACCUGCACGUACUCCUCCACCUGUGCUCACCUGCACGUACUCCUCCACCUGUGCUCACCUGCACGUACUCCUCCACCUGUGCUCACUGCACGUACUCCUCCACCUGUGCUCACCUGCACGUACUCCUCCACCUGUGCUCACCUGCACGUACUCCUCCACCUGUGCUCACCUGCACGUACUCCUCCACCUGUGCUCACCUGCACGUACUCCUCCACCUGUGCUCACCUGCACGUACUCCUCCACCUGUGCUCACCUGCACGUACUCCUCCACCUGUGCUCACCUGCACGUAUCCUCCACCUGUGCUCACCUGCACGUACUCCUCCACCUGUGCUCACCUGCACGUACUCCUCCACCUGUGCUCACCUGCACGUACUCCUCCACCUGUGCUCACCUGCACGUACUCCUCCACCUGUGCUCACCUGCACGUACUCCUCCACCUGUGCUCACCUGCACGUACUCCUCCACCUGUGCUCACCUGCACGUACUCCUCCACCUGUGCUCACCUGCAC